AUGUAAGUAGAUGAAGAAAGCAUAUAAUAUAAUAAGUUUAUGUAAAACUUCAGCAAAGAGGAGAAAUUAGGAGAAGGAACUUAUGGUAUAGUGACUCGUGCAUUUGAUAAAAAAAGAGGAAAGGUUGUAGCUAUAAAGAAAUUGAAAUUGGAUAGUUGUGAUGAUGAAGGAGUUCCAAGCACAACUAUUAGAGAAAUAGCAAUUUUAUAAAAAUUGAAGCAUGCAAAUAUCAUAAAGUAUUAAUUUAAUUUUGAUUUAUUAGUUUAUUGGAAGUAAAAUACUUUAUGUAAGAGAAGAAGAUAUUAUUGAUUUUUGAAUCAAUGUAAUGUGAUUUAAGGAAAUAUUUAGAUAAGAAUUAAACUUUAUCACUAAAUACUAUUAAAUUAAUAGUCUACUAAAUAUUAUUAGGACUUUCCUUUUGUCAUAGUCGUAGAGUAUUACAUAGAGAUUUAAAACCAUAAAAUAUACUAUUGAAUGAGACAAUGACUUUGAAAUUGGCAGAUUUUGGACUUUCAAGAGUAUUUCCAUUUCCAAUGCCUAAAUUUACAAAAGAAAUAGCAACUCUUUGGUAUAGAGCACCAGAAUUGAUGUUAGGAGAUGAUAAUUAUGGAACAGGAGUAGAUAUUUGGGCUGUUGGAUGUAUAAUGGCAGAAUGUUUAAUAGGUAGACCAUUAUUAGCAGGAGAUAGUUAAGUUGAUAUGCUGUUUAAAAUGAUGGAAGUAUAUAUUUAGAUAUAAUAAAUAUUAGUUACUUGGAACACCAACAGAUAAUUCUUAUGUUGGAUUAUCAAAGUUGCCUCAUUUUAAAGUGACAUUUCCAAAAUUUUAAGGCAAAGAUUUAAUUGAGGUGAUACCUGUAUUAGAACAUGAUCGUAAGGCUUUGGAAAUAUUGUAAUCAAUGUUACAAUUUAAUCCAGGGAAAAGACCUUAAGCAAAAGAAUUAUUAAAGCAUAAUUGGUUUGA